AUGGCACUAGCUACAGCUAGUGAAGAAGCAAGUUGGUUAAGAGACCUGCUAGGUGAGAUUCCCUUGUGGGAAAAACCAUUACCGGCUGUCUUGAUCCAUUGCGAUAGUACCGCGGCUAUUGCAAAAGUUCCGAACCGUUAUUACAACGGUAAGAGACGACAGAUACGUCGUAAGCACAACACUGUAAGAGAAUAUCUCUCUAUUGGAGCUGUGAGAGUAGAUCAUGUACGCACUGAGAAUAAUUUGGCUGAUCCUUUGACGAAAGGAUUAGCUAGAGAGAAAGUCCAUAAUUUUUCUAAGAAAAUGGGACUAUUUCCAUCAAAAUGA